AUGUUGUGUGAACACUCUUCACGAGCACCUAAGGAGGCUUACCUCCCUAAUAGCCCGUGGUGGCGCGUGCGGAUCUCUAGUGAGAUGUACGAAGGGGUUGACAACCUGAAAUCCCUUUACGACCGUGCCGGGAAGACUUUCUCCAGCGUUGGGAGCGGGGCUCCCAAGAAUCCCAGGACGGGGGAUAGCCGCGCCACCGGGCAAGAUAACUCGUCCGACGUCCGUUCACGUCGCGGUGGUUCAACAGCUGCUCUACUAGAUAGCGCUGGCCACCGCGAGAGUCCUCUAAUGGAGGUGGAGGAGGAGGGAAGACGCUCUCCACAAAAUCGUGGGGAUCCGUGUGUUCCCGAGAGCUUCUUUAAUCGCGUAACGCAAGGGUUACGCGACGAUCUCGAACAUGAGCGGGACAGGCGUCUCCAAAUGGGGGACACUGUCUUGAAGCAUCGAGCUGAGUUUGCCUUUGCUCAGCUUGAAACCGAGAGAUCUCUGACAUCGCUUCGGGAAGAGCUAAGGGUAGCUCGUGGGAUUGUUGAUCGGUCUCGGGAUGAGAUAGCUGCUCUUCAGACCCUUGUCGAUGCCCACCAUCGGGAGCACAAGGCUCUCUGCGAGAUGCUUGAGCGCAAGGGCGUUCUUCAUCGGAAGAAGCAGCGUACUGAUGGUACGGCUUAA